AAAAAUUCUUGUGGAUCCAUGUGAUUUUCCAAACCAGGCCUAAAAUGAGAUCAAGAUGAACUUCUUGCUGCAUAUGCUCUGUGCAGUUGUAUCUUUUAAACAACAUGCUGUUGCAAUUGGUAGCUUGACGUCAACUCCUGAGUCCACCAAUGGAAUAGUCACAGCUUGUCUAGGAGAUCCCAUCUCCAUCACUUGUACUCAUAACAUCACUAUUGGUGGUAUUACUGAGUGGAGGCUUCCUGGUGUAUCAGCUCAAUGUCUUGUCGUUCAUGGAUCACCAACUCUUCCCAUUUGUGCUCCCUUCACGGUCACCAUGGUCAGUGGUGGUUCAACACUGAGCUCAACUGUCGAGAUAACUGCCACUGAAGGACUGAGUGGUGAAGUGGAGUGCUUGUCUGGCCAAAAUGCUGCAUUAGUGUCUGUACUUGCCAGUAUAAACAUCAGUGUUGCAGCCAUUCCCACUCCCAGCAUCACCAUGGUGGAGCAAACAUCUCAGUCCAUGGCAAGUGUGAGCCUGUCAGUGGACAACACUCAGUGUGCUGCUAUCUAUGUGGUCAAUGCCACUCAAGAUGGUGGCGGUGGGUCAGUGAGUGGUGGGUCAAGCUCUACAUCACCUGUGACAGUCGAUGGUUUGGAUGUGUGUGGCUAUAGUUACAGCUUUGUGGGGUUCGUAAUCACGCCUAGUGGAGUGUCGGGAGAUACGAGUGCACCUUACAGCUUCACUGCUGACCUCUCAGGAGUCAAUGAUAUUAUUUCUAAUGUGCAUACCAACUCGGAGAGGACAGUUUUGCAAUGGGAUCAACUGACUAACAUUGACUAUCCUGAUUGCAUCACAAGCUACUCCAUUGGUUGGAAUGGAAUAACUUAUAACACCAUUGAUACUGCCACCUUCGUGACUAGAGAACUACUGAGAGCCUCAGGGUUUCCUUUCUGUACCACUACAUCCGUCACCGUGACACCAGUAACUUCAAUGGAACUGUUAGCUGGGAGAAACUCUACUGCAGAUGUCAGCUUAAUCUCACCAGAUUUCAUCACCCCAACUAUCUCUGGUGUGUACAAUGUGAAGGUGACCAACAGAACAGUAUUCACUGGAAUGGUGCAAGUACGUUUAAUUUAUGUUUCAUUUUUUAUAGCCUUUCCUUUUGUACCUCAGGGAAUAUCUCAGAUUGUUAACCCCAGUCGUAUGAUUGGGUACAAUCGGGUCGGCAUAGCUUGUACACCUAACAUAGUGUUUACUGGUGAGUCAUUUGAAGUCACUCUUCCUGAUGAUGCUGACUCUGAAGAAACUUUUACGAUGUGUGUGCAACUAAUCUUUGGGAACUGUAUGGAACUGAAAUCUAUCGAUUUCACUAUACCUGGUCGAACCAUCACUGCACAGAAUGGAAGAAUGGUGUUGGGUACUACUAACUUCACUGUUACUGUGAAUCUACCAAUCACUGAGUAUCAACCGGACCAGCUACAAAUUGUCAUCUCUCUAACCCCCAAUGACACUGCACCAGUUGUAACUGACUUCCCAACUAGCUACCAGUACACUGUGAUGUUCUCAGGUCUCAUGACUGGCAGAAGUUACAUUUACACAGUUCGGGUUGUGCGUCGCAGUGACAUGACUACAGAUGUAGUGGAACCUUUUGAGGGAUCGUUCACAAUUGUAGUUCUCUUCCCACCUGUAACAAUCGCUAGCAGUACUGGACAGCCAACAUCAGCUUACACGAUCACUCUAACCCUACCCGAGAUCAAUUAUCCUCACAGUGAACUCAUCAUAAUCUCUACCCUCACUCCAACUGAUUCUGUACCAAUUACCGAUGACUUCCCGUUUUCCUCACAAUACUCCGUCACCUUCAAUAGACUAAGUGAUGGUGUGGUAUACUCCUAUUCCAUCAGGGUUGUGCUGCGGACUAACACCAGCCUGGAUGUGUCCAUUCCAGUGACAGGCUCAUUCACAUUGAUGACAUCUUUCUCAACUGGAGCUGCUGUUGCCCUCACAUUUGUCCUGACGUUCCUGUUGACCCUGGUUAUUGGAAUCUCCAUUGGUGUCUUCAUUGUACUGACAGUGAACAAGUAUAGGAGGUCUGAGAAGGUAACUCUACAAACUGACACUGAAAUGAUACCACCACCUGUGAUAUAUGAAGAGCCUGAGGCCAUUAAACCAGAUCCCCUCACUCAGGGGAAUGCUGCGUAUGGAGAAAUAGUUUACUGAACUUCACUUUUCACAAAUUACAUGAUGCACAAUAAUUUAAGUACAUGUAUAGAUUUACCUUCAUAUUAAACACUAUACAUAAUUAUUAGCAAAUGAAUUCAUGUAUAGAUCUAUAGUAUACACCCACAAUCAUGUAAAAGCGAUGUAAUGUCAUUUUGUGCGUACAAUCAAAUGCAGUCA